AUGUUUCCAGUGGUGCAAGUGUGGCUCGUCUACCUGGUCGCUGAAUGCAGCGCACUUCAUCACCACCAGCCGAAUCAAGCAGGUUACGUUGGUGCAGGGUACACAGGCUACACCUCUUCCGGUGCAGCGGCUUCUUACGCAGGAUUCGAUGCGUACGCUUCCCCGCCUCAGCCGUACAGUUUUGGCUACAACAAUGUGGACGAGUACGGUAACCGACAGUUCCACAGUGAGCAGGGAGACUCCAACAACGCCAAGACCGGCUCUUACGGCUACAGAGACGCGAAUGGCCUCUAUCGACGAGUGAACUACGUGGCCGACGCGUAUGGCUUCCGGGCCACCGUUGACACCAACGAACCGGGUACCGCCCCUGGUGCAAGCGCAGACGCGGUCUUCAACGCUGCGCCAGUCGUGUCACCAGUUCCAUCAAGUGCCGGACAGAGUGUGGCACCUGUAGCUUACAGUGCACAAGCUGCAGCACCGUACUCCGCUGGCGGCUACGAUGUUUACGGCGGAUACGGAUACAACCCCUACGCAGGCGCUGCUGGAGCCCAUGGGUACGCCCCUUACGGGCGUCACGGAGGCAUCACCAGUGGUCCAGCGCUUGGUGGAUUUGCCUACGGCGGCCAAUCUACCAAUGGAUACGCUGAUACCGGCUACGGUGAAGGAUACAGACCUGAUGUCUAUGGUGGCCCUGUUGGAUACGGAAGCUGGCCUUCCACUCAUCACGGAUUCCGUCGUCGAUAG